AUGUCUGCAGUUAAAGCACCUUUUCACACUCAAGACGUCCAAAUUGAUGAAGACGUACAAUUCGAGGCACUAAUAACCAACCCAGCCUUACUGCGAGGAGUUUCUGAGGCUGGUUAUGAACGUCCUUCUCCUAUACAACUAAAAGCAAUUCCACCAGGAAAACUUGGCUUAGAUGUUAUUGCGCAGGCAAAGUCUGGAACAGGGAAAACCAUUGUUUUUAGUAUAGUUGCUUUGGAAACUAUUAAUUUGAAUGUUAACAAGCCACAAGUAUUAAUUCUCUCGCCAACUCGUGAAUUAGCUGUACAGACUCAUAAAGUUAUUCUUUCUAUUGGGCGUCAUAUGCCUGGUUUAAAUGCUCAUGUCUUUAUUGGAGGUAUGCCAGUUGAAAGUGACUGGCCUAAAUUGCGAAAAUGUCAUAUCGUUAUCGGAUCACCUGGUCGUAUUGAACUUCUUCUAAAUCAAAAUAAAUUGAAUGCAAAAGAAAUAAAGUUACUGGUUUUAGACGAAGCUGAUAAAUUAAUGGAGAAAAACUUUCGUCCCCAGAUGCAAAGAUUAUGUAAAAAAUUAAAUGAGAAAAAACAAGUAAUGGCAUUUUCUGCCACAUAUGACAAACAUUUGUUGAACACCCUAUAUCGAGUGAUGCAAUAUUAUCAGGUGGUCAAAGUGAGUAAUCAUGAUAACGUUUUAGAUAAGUAUAAAUUUUACGAAGAAAAGUUCAAGGGUUUGGCAGCACUUCUCGAGCGAGUUCCUUUUUAUCAAUGCAUUGUAUUUUUGAACCAUCGUGGCAGGGCAGCGGAUCUUUCGGAUUAUCUUACCAAACAAGGCUGGAUGUCGAUGAAUAUUUCAGGUGGUCUUGAUCAAAAAACUCGACUUACCACGAUGAAUAAAGUACGCAAUUUUCAACUACGCGUUUUAGUUUGCAGUGAUUUGAUUGCUCGGGGAAUAGACAUUGAUCGGGUGAAUCUAGUAGUGAAUCUAGAUAUACCCAAAGAUCCCGAGACUUACCUCCAUCGUGUUGGUCGAACAGGGCGAUAUGGAACUCAUGGUUUGGCUAUAAGUUUUGUGGAUGAGAAAGAAAUGGGAUUUAUUAAUAUUCUACAAAAAGGAUAUUCCAUUGAAGUGAAACAACUUCCAGAGGAAUUAUCAAAAGAACAUCACCAGAGACCUUUAUCAACUGUUAAAGAUCAAAAGGCUUUUGAAAGACUAGAAGCUAUUCGUAACAAAGUUCAAAUGAAAGGCGAGGAAAUUCCUAUUAUUUUCACAGAGGACGAAAAGCUUUCUGAGCGAGAUCUAAAAUCAAGAAGUGAAAACAAAGAGUUCGAAGAAGAAAAUGAAUAUCUUGGAAACAACUUACAACAAUUUCAAACAGAUUACAAUUAUUGCAAUAAUCAUAAUUAUUAUGAUGAUAAGGAAGCGUAUUAG